AUGGCGAUGUUUUUAUCUCAAACAAUGAAACAUGCAUCGCCUACAACUACAGUACUUGCUGAUGGAUAUACAGAUGAUGCAUUGAAUUCGAAAUAUGAUAAUUAUAGGUAGGCAUUUUUUCAACUCGAAUUUUUUUUCAUCUGUUUAAUUUUUCUAAAAUUUGAAUGCAAACAUAUUUUGUGAAAGUGGUGAAUUUUCUUCACCAAAAUCUUGUUUAAAGAUAUCUGAAGUUUAGAACCAAAAAUUUGAAUUACACUUGAUUGAUUUGUGAAGUUAAACCUUAUUUUCUGAAAAAUCAUAAACUUGCCAAGUCAUAUCUCAUUUUUUGAUAUUUCUAAAAAAAAUUUCAGAAAACCCUAUCUUUUCUAAUUUUUCGCGAACUUUUGAACAACUCCAUCCUCUUUUUCUUUUCAUUUUCAAUUUUCUCAUUUUUUCUGUCGCUUCAACUUCAAAGAUCUGUCAAAUCUGUCUAGAUCAUCUUUCUUGGCUGAAACUUGAUAUUUUUGUCACAUUUUCAAGUCUCAAAAGUUAACUUUUGUUGUUUUCUCCUGAAAACUUUUGAUUUUUCAAUUGUCACAGCUUUUCAUUCAAUAUUAUAUUUGUAUAUGUUCCAAAACGUUCAGUUUAGAUAUCUUUUAUUUUUGUCCAAAAAUUUUGACAGCUGACAACUCUUUUCUGUCACUAAAAAAACAAUAAAAAAUAGUUACUCAAUGAUUUUUGAGAGCCUAUCUUUAAUUCCAUUUUUCAAAUAAUCUCAUUUCUAGUUUUCAUUUAAAAAAUCAAAUCUCAUAUUUUUUUCUCAAAAAAUCCCUAGGUAAUUCGAUAUUUUUCGUCGACAAAAAUAACUCAAAAGUUUAAAGUGGAGUGACAAAAGAUGUUUUUCCAAGAUUUUUUGAAACAAAAACACUAUUAAUUGAAGAAAAAUGGUGUAACGUGAUAAAUCCCAUUUUCUCAUCAUCAAUUCUUUGAUUUUCCUACUUCUGCAAAAUUUCUCAUUUUUUAUUUCAAAAAAAAAAAAGAUUAGCAGCGAGUGGUUUCGAUCCACCGACCUCUGGGUUAUGGGCCCAGCACGCUUCCACUGCGCCACGCUGCUGAUAUUUUUCCUUAUCAUAAAAUGUCGAUAUAUUUUUGAUGAUUUAUUUUGCCUUAACUUCAUUUUUUUUCAUAGAAAAUUGGAAAAAAAACAAAAAAAAAAAUCCCAAAAGUUUGAAGACUACUUUCCGAUUCUCUUGAAGACUUCCUGAUAGAAAAAAAUAAUUUAGGUUUUUCUAGAACUAUAAAAAUUGUUUCCAGAGCCUCCCGGCCAUAUUCGCGGGAAUCUCUCCUUUCGGGCACCUCUCUCGGCUCAAAAGUUCGUCUCUCGCAAUUCUCACUUCUUUCUCGACCGGAUGCAACAACAGCCGAAGAAGAUAACGAAGAAGACGACGAAAAUCACUAUAAUCAGAGGAAAUUUCAAGAGCAGAAGAAUUUACUGCAAAAUCACGUGCUGAAAAUGUUUGCGGGUCAAUUUUCAAGAAAUGGAAGUUUCGAGGUGGAUGAUUUGGAUUUGGAUAAAUCAUCGAGCACAAGUCUACCUUCAGCACCGCCGCCUAAAAGUUUUUUGGCAAAGGUAAAAUAUUUAUAAUUCUUAUAAUAAUAGACUUUAAUUUCAAAAUGCUAUGUUUUCAGUGCAAAUACUACUAUGAUAAAUAUAAACUUCAUCGAGUAUCUGCUUGUAUUUGUCUAAUAUUUUAUUCAUUUUUCGGAGCUUGGCUAUUUUAUUUGGUUGAACAUGAUUAUGAAAAAACUGUGAAGCUAAAAGAAAAACAAGAUUUAUACGAGCUACGAUCUAAAACUCUUCAAAAACUUAUCAAAAACACCACAGCUUUCAAUGCAAUUUUUCAAGAUUUCGAGUAUAAACUUCAUAAGAUUCGACUCCCAGAAUGCCUUGAUUGGGAUUAUUGGGGUGCACUUUUUUAUGUUGGAACAUUAUUCACAACAAUUGGUUAUGGAAAUAUUGCACCAAGGACUGGUUUAGGAAGAGCAAUGUCAAUUAUUUAUGCGAUUAUUGGAAUUCCGCUGGUUUUGGCUAUUCUAUCGAAAUGUGGAAAAUGGUUGACAACAACUUUAUCGAUUCAAUGGCAACAACAUCGGAGAAGGAUUAAGUUGAAAGCCAAGAAAACUACGAAUAGAUUAAGAGGAAGGAAAAUGUGAGUUAUCAUAAGUUGGUGGGUUUAUUAGGAAUCAAAAAAUUAUUUAUAUUAUGACAUAAGUUUCACAUAAUUCCAUAGAGAAAAUACACACGUUUGUGAUUAUAAUUUUUCAACAAAUAAUAAUUGUUCAGUUCAAAACUCGAAGCCUUGGAAGCUGGAAUAUCUGAUAUGAUGAAUACUGACACCGAUGAACCUGAAUCCCGCACAAUUCCAAUCUGGCUAGCCUUAUCAAUUUGUAUUCUCUUUGUUUGUGGAUGCUCCUCACUUUUCCUAAUUUGGGAAACAAAAUGGACAUUUUUCACAUCUCUCUACUUUUUCUGUAUUUCUUUAUCUACAAUUGGUUUGGGUGAUAUUGUUCCCGAUCAUCCGCAUAUGUUUAUUAUUAUGUUUGUUCUGGUUAUUCUUGGUUUAUCAAUUGUUUCAAUGCUUUUGUCAGUUAUACAAAUCAAAAUGGAAGAAUGGCUGUAUCAUUUGAUCAAGAAAAUUCAGGUUAGUGCAAAUUCCUUUGAAAAAGUCUUAUCUUUUCACAAACACACCAAUUGUUUUGUUAUUUGUGUAAUAAUGAAAUACACAUGACAUAUGUGCAAAAGUACAAAAAACAAACUAAUGAGACAUUUGACUUCGUUUCAGCAAGAAUAUAAUCGAGCUUUGGAAAAUGGUGAAAUUAUUGAUAAAGAUGGAUUGUUUAGAAAUGUUAUGUCAAAUGAGCCAACGUGGAUGCAAUUAGUUGCACCAACAAUGUUAACAGGUCAACAAACUGAUAAAUUGGAGCAAAAAGUAGAACAAUUUGAAAGAUUAUUGAAGGAGAGUAAAGAUGUUCAAACUGAUUUGUCGGUUGCGUAUGUUGGAACACAAGUGGAACGAUUUGAACAGAGUAUGGCUUGUGAUCCGAUGACUGAUAAAAUAUUACCACAACAUCGGGAAACACAAUGGUCAUGGUAAGAUUAUUUUUGAAAAAUAGGAUUGAGGGAGAGUUAGGCGAACCUUUAGAGAAUUCCAAUGGGAAUGUUUUUAAUUCAUAACGCCUUCAGGCGUGAUCAUUUCCAAACUGAAACCAUCUUGAAAUUUCAGCCAACAAGAGCUACAUUUACAAAACGAUGAUCGUGCCCCAAUAACAUCUCGAUCAUUCGAUUACCGCGACUCAAUUUCCGAUGCAACCAGUCUUCCAAUCGAUUCAAUGAGUUCUCCAAAAAUGGCUCUCCGGAAACACGGCAAUUCAGCAAGACCUGGAGAAGAUCAAUGCUGUCAAACGGAUUUGGCACAAUUUCAAAUUGAUGAAAUUGCAAUCAAAUUGGCAAGUUUGCAGGUGAGAACACAAAAAACACGUGUUGUAAGCGGUAUUGAUAAAAGAGGGGAAAUUCGAUCUAUCGCACUUUUUUGUCUGGAAUUUUUUCAUCUCUUAUUUUGUUUCUGUUCCAAGAGAGAAGGGGGUGUUUGAUUUAUUUGUUUGCUUUGAGUUCAAAGUUAUUCGGUCAAUUGAGAGAGAUAAGAAAAAACAUCCGGGUACAUUAACCGAUGACAUUACAAAAAAUGGAUCAUGUAAUUUUUGAACUUUUUAAGACUCAACGUGUUCGCCCACCAAUUGUUGAACGUAGUAUGGCAACAUCUGCUUAUUUGGAUUCACCCGCAGAAGAACAAGUUUUAUUGAAAAAUGGACUAUCGAAUGCAGAUAUUAGUGCGCUGUGUGAAGUUAUCUCAACUUCAUAUCAUGGAAGUAAUCCCGCUGAAGUUUUGAGUUGUUUAGUUGAUCGAGCUGUUGGUGGAAGUGAGCAAGAAAUUAAUAGAGUUAUGGUAAGAAAGCUUCAUGUUUCUAGUUUUUUUUCGGAAAAACGCACCACUAUUUCCAGGAAAAAUCCCAAUGCACAUCAGAUCCUGGAGUCGAUGAUAAAUCUCAAUGUACCAGUUUAUCAAUAGCAACUCUGGCUAAAAAAUUAUCGCACGAUAAAUCUCAAUGCACAAGUCUUUCUGAAUCAUCUCCACAGAAUGUCAAGAAAACAAGCACUUCAGAUAAGUCACAGUGUACGAGCUUAUGUCUAUCGAGUGAUAAACAAGAUAAAUCACAAUGCACAAGUAUUUCGAAAGAUCCAACCAAGAAAAAACAAUCAUCAAUUUCAACAUCUAUGGAUAAACUUUUCAAAUCGACAUCCACGUCACCAAUGAACUCGCAAGCUGAAAAACUGAAAAAACAACGAAGUUUUGCAACUUCUCCUGUCCCUAUUCCACAAAUUAGUAUAGCUGAGGAAGAAACACAAACAAGCUUGUAAGUUUUUCCAAAAUAAAAAUAAUCAAGGAUGCAAGUAUUCAGGCAUCAAACCAUCGAUGCUUUCACUCAACCAUCGACUUCGCAUUCAACAGAAGUUGCAACUGAAAUGAGUUUAUCAGAAGAUAUUUCUCACAAAAAAUCAAAGAGAGAUCAAAGUUCGUCACCGAUUAGUCAAAAUAAUGUAAGUCGCCAUAGAUGUAUGAAAUUUACCAAAACAAAUAAUUAUUUAAGGACGAUCGAAGCAUUCAAACAUCAAUCUCCGAAUGGUUCGGUAAAAUAUUCAAAGGAAAAGAUCAAUCACAACAAACAUCACUGGCUGAAGAUCUGAAGCGGAAGAAAUCAACAACAUCGACUUCAACAUCAGAUGAUAGUAUAUCAGAGCCUCAUAAGAGGAAAAAUAAUAGUAUGAUGAUGAUGGCUCCACCAACAAUUAUGUCAUCAAGUUGCACAAUGAGCACACAAUACUCUCCACCGCCAGGAUGUGAAAGAAAUGAUAAUUCGAGAUUAUCAGAGCCAACGUGAGUUGAUAAUCUUUAAUUGAGGAUGGGGAUAGGAAGGGUAGGGAGUCUGAACAUUCAUAGUUUCUCAAUCCGAAUUUUCUAGUCAUCGUGCUCGAUCAUCUUCAACAUCUGGAAUUGGUACGAGUAUAUUCGAAGAGGAAACUCGACAAGAAGUCAUUGUACAAACAGAUGACUCAUAUUUGAAAAUUGCUAGAAGACUAGAUGAAUAUCGAAAUAACAAAACACAAUUCUUGCCAGUCUGCGCAGCUUCGCCGUUGAGUUCAAAAGAAGUCGAACCUUUCAAGUACUAAAAAAUAAGGUCUAUGGGAAAAAUAAUGAUUUUUAAUUCAGAACUGAUCGUCCGAGUGAGAGAAGUCAUUACUAUUUCGGAAGUCGUAGAUCGAGUUUAGGAAGAUCGAGAAAGAAAUCAAGGUUUGAUCAGAAUAGUGCGAUGGGAAAAUCAAUGGAUACCGAAAUGUUGAAUGAUGUUUUGGUAAGUGAAAACAUUUUUGAGUCUAUUUUUAAAGACUGCGUAUCCUUGUAAUAAAAUUUAGAAUGAAAAUGAAAAUGAAGAAGAGAGUCCACCGCGUGGUGAGUUUAAACAACAUAAUUUAAUUUAAGUUGAUUAACGCUUUAGAUAACUAGAUCUAAUCAACAUUAUUCAGUUCAAAGCUCUAACUACAGCUAAAUCUAACAAGAACUUAACCCAAAAUGCAAUAUAAUAAUUUCAGAGCAACGAAAAAAGUCGGUCAAUUUCGCCGAAACGCCCAUCUAG